AUGCGUUUCUCAGCUAUCUUGCCCUUCCUGGGCACAAUUUCGUCCGCUCUGGCAGCUCCAAACUCGGUCCCAUCCCAAGACCUCGCCAUCGAAUCAAUCUUCAACGCCACGGCGUUGGGCGUUGACGUAUACGGACCUAUCCCUAGCGACGCCGUUAAAGUCAGCAAGGGUCAUUAUACUGCUGAACCGGGAACGAAGGCAUGGGCCUGGAUCCGGGCCCAAAGCGAUCUGACGAGCGAGAAAGGCUCCGAGUCCAAGUUAGAGAAGCGCCAACAGUAUGCUAAUAUUGGUGUUAGCAUGUUUGUCGGCGACCUCUGCACUGGCCAGGCAGUAUGGUGGGACAACGUUCUUUACAGUUAUAAUUACUACACCACCGUGAAUAUGUUCAGCGUGGGCAUUCGCUAUCGCAGUCUACGUGUAGAUGAGAGGCUGGACUUCAGCAGGGGAAAUGGCUUCAACUAUUGUGGAACCCAUCUAUACUCGAUUGAAAGGAGCGCUCCAGUUGGCUGCUUUAACUCGCAGCUGGUGAACUGUUUCCGCAUUGACCUCAUUACCUAG